AUGCCCCGCGCGUCGUCCGCGCUCGUCCUCGCGCUCGUCCUCGCGCUCGCGCACGUCGCCGCCGCGCGCGCGGCGACGCUCGCGACGCGCCUCCCGCCCGCGCCGCCGCCGCCGUCACCGUCGCCCGCGUUUCCCCCGUUCCCGUCGUCGCUCCAGCCCGCGUGGCGCGCGUGCGGGUGCGCCGCCGUGGAGCUGGCGUGCAGGGACGUCCACCGCGCCGCCUCCGCGAUCGACGCGUGCGCGCGCGCGUUCGUCGGACCGCGCGGGAGCUCGUGCGCGCGCCUCGACGGCGACGACGACGACGACGACGCGCGCGCCGCGUGCGUCGCGAAGCUCGAGCGACAGCGCGCGUCCGUCGACGGCGACCACGUCCGAGCCAUGAGCGGCGACGUCCGCCGGGGCGUCCCCCGCGCGGGCAUCGCGUCGCGUCCGUUCGGCUGGCGCGUCUUCGCCGCGCCGUGGUGCUGCGGCGAGUGCUGCUACGUCGCCGCGUGCUUCCCGUGCUACCGGACGCUGUACGACUACGUAGACGAGCGCGUGCGGUAUCUCGCGGAGGUGGCGGGCGUCGCGCCGCCGGCGCCGCCGCCGAUAUUCGUGAUCCCGGGCGGGCUCGUCUCCGUCCCAGCGCCGCUCGUGGGCGGGUUCGGCGCCGCGGCGGCGGAGGAGGCGGAGGAAAACACAUCGCGGUCGGGCGCCUCCUCGAGUAACGCUCGAGUGUCUUCGGUCGCGUACGAGGACGACGCGCCGCUGAAAUGGAACGACGCGUGGAGCGACGCGCUUCUGUCCGCCGCGACCGCCGCGGCGUCGGAGCGAACGCGGAGGCGCUAA